GAACCUAAAACAGUUAUCCAGCCUGGAAAGAGGAAUUCACGGUGGGGAGGGACUGUACACGUGUUUGUGUACCGCUGAAGCUUCAGCCAUGGAGAAACCCGAGGAAUCCCGCCCCGUGGAGAAAUCUUGGAAGUGUGGCGACUGUGGGAAAGGCUUCCAUGUCCCGUCUGUCCUGGAUGCUCAUCGGCGCAGUCACACUGGGGUCAGGCCAUUCUCCUGCCCUGAGUGUGGGAAGGGAUUCAGCAGUUCCUACACCCUGCUGAGGCACCGACGGGUCCACACAGGGGAGAGGCCCUUCAGCUGCUCCGAGUGCGGGAAGGCCUUCAGCAAUUCCUCUGACCUACUGAAGCACCAGCGUGUCCACACCGGGGAGAGACCAUUCGCCUGCCCAGAGUGCGGGAAGGGGUUCAGCAGUUCCUCCGCCUUGCUGACCCACCAGCGGGUCCACACAGGGGAGAAGCCCUUCAGCUGCCCCAAGUGUGGGAAGGCCUUCACCCAGGCCUUUUCCCUGCUGAGGCACCAGAGUGUCCACACAGGGGAGAGGCCAUUCACUUGCCCAGAGUGCGGGAAGGGGUUCAGCGAUUCCUCUGCCCUGCUGACCCACCGGCGGGUCCACACUGGGGAGAGGCCUUUCAGCUGCCCUGAGUGUGGGAAGGCCUUCACCCAUGCCUCCAACCUGCUGACCCACCGGUGGGUCCACACCAGGGAGAGGCCCUUCAGUUGCCCCGAGUGUGGUAAGGCCUUCAGCAAUUUCUCCCACGUGGUGAUCCACCGGCGGGUCCACUCCGGGGAGAGGCCAUUCACUUGUCCUGAGUGCGCAAAGGCCUUCAGCAAUUCCUCUGACUUACUGAAGCACCAGCGGGUUCACACCGGCGAGCGGCCCUUCAGCUGCCCUGUGUGUGGGAAGGCCUUCACCCAGUCCUGCAACUUGCAGAGGCACCAGCGGGGGCACCAGUGCUCCCAACAAUCGGAUUCUGCCGGGGGCAUUCCCUUCACCUCAAACCCCUUCAAUAUCUCUGACAAGGCGGAAUGGUGCCUGGAACCAGACAGGUCCCCUGAAGUUACCACACUCAAAAUACCACCAGCAAUGACCAAAUAUGGGGACAACAGCCCACCCUGCUGGAGGUCUCCGGGUUACCACCUGGACAAAUAUAAAGAGUGGUUUUACCCGGCCUACAACCCCUCCCAUGAGCCCCCAGCCCUGACCAUUGCUGACACCAGCCCACACGGGCCACCUGCGGGAUCCAUCUGUUUGAAACACACACAGCCACCCGGAUGGGAGGCUGGCUGCAGCCGGUGCACUGACUCCCUGCUCCUAACUCCCACAGCACGCCGAUCCACUGCAGAAGGCAGCAUUUUAAACCGACAGGUCCUCAACAGGAUCACCCAGAAUACCACCUUCCUCACCAGCUGGACAGGGACCCAGACACUCCAUCUCCGGACCGACAACGGCACCUAUUUUAUCUGUGGCCACAAAGCCUACCCCUGGCUGCUGUUGUCCUGGUCUAGGAGCUGCAAUGUUGGGUAUGCGGUACCAUUCAUUUAUCACUCCCAGUCCCCUCCCUUCCCAAAGCCCAUGCCACGCAGCAGACGAGCCCUCGCUGCCAUUGAAGCAGCUCCCUACCUGAUGUCACCCCACUCUGCAACCUUACAGUUACAGGUAGAAGCCCACAAACUUGCUGUCACAGUACAAGAUGUGGCAAACUCUACAGCAGACGCACUCGCCCAGCUGAAUGUGGAGGCUGUUGCCAUCUGUACUGUGCCUCUGGAGAACGGGAUGGCCCUGGACUUCCUACUCGCUGUGAAAGAGGAUUCCGAACUCCAGACUUCUGACCAAAUUCCAAUUCCGCUAUCCGCCAUGACGGGAUUCAAACCCAGAGGUCCAGUCGAUAAUGGACUCUGCCAUUGCUCCUUCAAUCCCCCUGCCGUGGCAUGUGAACUCGCUGGUGCCUCUGCAGGUGCGGCUGAAGCUUCGGCCAUGGAGAAACCUGAGGAAUCCCGCCCUGUGGAGAAACCAUGGAAGUGUGGUGACUGUGGGAAAGGUUUCCGUGUCCCAUCUGCCCUGGAGACUCAUCGGCGCAGUCACACCAGAGAAAGGCCCUUCAGCUGCCCUGAGUGUGGGAAGGGCUUUACCCAGGCCUCUGCCCUGCGAACUCACCAACGGGUCCACACAGGGGAGAGGCCAUUCCCGUGUCCCGAGUGCGGGAAGGCCUUCAGCAAUUCCUUCAACCUCCAGACCCAUAGGCGACUCCACACUGGUGACAGGCCGUUUUCUUGCUCUGAGUGCAAGAAGGCAUUCAGACAUUCCUCUUACCUGAUGACCCACUGGCGGGUCCACACGGGGGAGAGGCCCUACAGCUGCCCCGAGUGUGGGAAGGCCUUCAGCAAUUCCUCCCACCUGCUGACUCACCAGCGGGUCCACACAGGUGAGAGGCCAUUCACCUGCCCCAAGUGUGGGAAGGGAUUUAGUCAAGUGAGCAACUUGUGGAAGCACCAGCGUCUCCACACAGGGGAGAAGCCCUUCAGCUGCCCCGAGUGCAGGAAGGCCUUCAGCAAUUCCACCACUCUGCUGACCCACCGGCGGAUCCAUAUGGGGGAGAGGCCAUUCCCCUGCACCGAGUGCGGGAAGGCCUUCAGCAAUUCCUCCAUCGUGCUGAGACACCAGCGGGUUCACACAGGGGAGUGGCCCUUCAGCUGUCCUGAGUGCAGGAAGGGGUUCAGCGAUUCCUCCAAUCUUCAGACCCACCAGCGGAUUCACACUGGGGAGAAGCCUUUCAGCUGCACAGUGUGUGGGAAGGCCUUCAUCCGCUCCUCCCACCUGCGGAGGCACCAACGAGUUCACGUGCCAUCGCAGGACCAACUCUCCAGCCCCUGGAGCCCUGUGGUUUAUCAGCUUACGUUGCCAGAAGCUCCAGUCAAUCCACCUUCAAGUGCAAAAGUCACAUUAAUAGAAGAAGGAACAGCUCUUAUAUCGUGGAAACCCCCAGAAGAUACCAACACUGCUAUCACCCGUUAUACCAUCCUUUACGCUUCCAGAAAGGCCUGGAUUGCAGGCGAGUGGCAAAUGCUUCAUAGGGAAGGAACAAUUACUAUGGCUUUGUUGGAGAACCUCCUUCCAGGAAAUGUCUAUCUCAUUCAGAUAUCUGCAUCUAAUGAAGUAGGAGAAGGACCCUUUUCAAAUGCUGUAGAGCUAGCAAUCCCUGUGAAGGAAACUAUAUACUUUAGCCAGGGGCCUAAGUGGUCUGACUCUCGCAGUAGUGGAGAUGCCAAAGAUCUUUGGCCCGGGGAACGUGCAGUCCCAGCCUCAAACAGCAUCGGUCCCACGGGAAGCAAAGGGAGCGAGAGCGGCCAGUCCGGCAGAAAGGAAGCCUCGCUCCCUUCCCGCUUCACCCACUGCCUUCGAACGGGGCACGAUCCCCCCCCAGUCCUGGGUGGGAUUCGCUGCAGACUUCAACUCCGUGCGAUCACGUUGGGAAGGCGCCUGUGCGUCCGCAGGGUCGGCGAUCGAUUGAAGGCCUUGCCGCCCCCGGGGCAGAAAGUAUCAUCUUUACCUGAACCACAGGGGCACGUGCCUGAGCCAGAUUGCCCACUGUGGGGAAAGGAAGUCUCAGGAGGCAUUCCGCGCGCCAUGGAGAAACCGUGGAAGUGUGGGGAUUGCGGGAAAGGAUUCCGCUCCCCCUCCUUGCUGGAGAUCCACCGCCGUGUCCACACCGGGGAGCGGCCCUUCACCUGCUCCGUCUGCGGCAAGGACUUCACCCAGUCGUCCCACCUGUUCUCACACCAGCGGGUCCACACCGGGGAGAGGCCGUUCGCCUGCUCCGAGUGCGGGAAGGACUUCAGCGACUCGUCCCACCUGCUGACCCACCAGCGGGUCCACACCGGGGAGCGGCCCUUCACCUGCUCCGUCUGCGGCAACAGCUUUGCCCGCUCGUCGGACCUGCUGUCCCACCAGCGAGUCCACACCGGGGAGCGGCCCUUCACCUGCUCCGUCUGCGGCAAGGGCUUCACCCAGUCGUCCAACCUGCUGACCCACCAGCUGGUCCACACCGGGGAGCGGCCUUUCACCUGCUCCGUCUGCGGCAAGGGCUUCCCUCACUCGUCCACCCUGCGGUCCCACCAGCUGGUCCACACCGGGGAGCGGCCCUUCACCUGCUCCGUCUGCGGCAAGGGCUUCCCUCGCUCGUCCACCCUGCUGCGGCACCAGCGGGUCCACACGGGGGAGAGGCCAUUCACCUGCUCCGUCUGCGGGAGGGGCUUCGCUCGGUCCCAGCACCUGCUGCAGCACCAGCGGGGGCACAACUCCGGGGGGUUGUUGAGCUCCUGGGCUCCGGCCGCCGCCGAAGAAGCCGCGGGCGCCGGCUCUCUCUCCUCCACCGCCGACAGUUUUAAUUUGUUUUCCCGUUCACCCGGAGGAAAUGCGCAGUCGCAGGCUCGCAGAGCCACUGGAUGCCAAGGGGAUGAGAGCACAGCAACUGCAGUGACCCUCCGCCCUCCCACCCAGGGUUCAGCCCUGGGCGGUGACUCACAGCGGCUGGCCCCGUCACUUGUGCCCCCGCUGGUGCCGCAGCAGGUGGUGGGAGGACCCUCCAGACCAACACAACAUCAGCUCCCCUUAACCGUCCCCCCGCAACGGCGCAUGUGCAGGAGCAACCGGUCACGUGAAUCGAGGGACCGCCGUCGUCACAAAGGCCGCGCGUUCAUUGGAAUGAGCGCCCGCCCGUGCGGCGUUCCAGCCUUUCCCAUUGGUCCACCGCGUCACGCGGCGGCGCUGGUGUUUGUGACGCCCCCGCCCACGGCUGAAGCUUUGGCCAUGGAGAAACCUGAGGAAUCCCGCCCUGUGGAGAAACCAUGGAAGUGUGGUGACUGUGGGAAAGGCUUCUGUGUCCCAUCUGCCCUGGAGACUCAUCGGCGCAGUCACACCAGAGAAAGGCCCUUCAGCUGCCCUGAGUGUGGGAAGGGCUUUACCCAGGCCUCUGCCCUGCGGACUCACCAGCGGGUCCACACAGGGGAGAGGUCGUUCCCGUGUCCCGAGUGCGGGAAGGCCUUUAGCAAUUCCUUCAACCUCCAGACCCACAGGCGACUCCACACUGGUGAGAGGCCGUUUUCUUGCUCUGAGUGCAAGAAGGCGUUCAGACAUUCCUUUGGCCUGUUGACCCACUGGCGGGUCCACACGGGGGAGAGGCCCUACAGCUGCCCCGAGUGUGGGAAGGCUUUCAGCAAUUCCUCCCACCUGCUGACUCACCAGCGGGUCCACACAGGGGAGAGGCCAUUCACCUGCCCCAAGUGUGGGAAGGGAUUUAGUCAGGUGAGCAACUUGUGGAAGCACCAGCGUCUCCACACUGGGGAGAAGCCCUUCAGCUGCCCCGAGUGCAGGAGGGCCUUCAGCAAUUCCACCACUCUGCUGACCCACCGGCGGAUCCAUAUGGGGGAGAGGCCAUUCCCCUGCACCGAGUGCGGGAAGGCCUUCAGCAAUUCCUCCAUCCUGCUGAGACACCAGAGGGUUCAUACAGGGGAGUGGCCCUUUAACUGUCCUGAGUGCAGGAAGGGGUUCAGCGAUUCCUCCAAUCUCCAGACCCACCAGCGGAUCCACACUGGGGAGAAGCCUUUCAGCUGCACAGAGUGUGGGAAGGCCUUCAUCUGCUCCUCCCACCUGCAGAGGCACCAACGAGUUCACGUGCCAUCGCAGGGUGAUUGAAGGAGCAACAAUCGAGUGCCAUGAGGGACUGAACUAUCAACCCAGUUCCGGGGACUCCUGAGUUUGAAUCCAGCCCAUGGCAGAUCACGGAAUUGGAAUUCGGUCCGAAAUCUGGAGUUCAGAAUCUGAUGGUGAAACCGUUUUUGGGGUGGGGGGCCCCAUCUGAUUCACACAUGUUCUUUUUAGGGAAGGAAACUGCCAUUGUGGGAAAGGAUUCAUUCAGUCAUCCAGCUGUAUCCUUUACCUGGUCCAGCCUACAGUGACUCCAGACACACACAGCUGUGUGGUUAACACUAUACUGCUCAGGUAAAAAUAAUGACUGCAGAUGCUGGAAACCAGAUUCUGGAUUAGUAGGCUGGAA